AUGACAACGAGCAAGACAUUUCUUUCUGCUUUUCUUCCUGAGAUGGGGAAUGGCAUGCUUGCCUCCUCUCUCUUGCAAAAGAUGAGCAGAAGAAGGUUGCAUACCAUUAUAAACAAAACAUCAACCAAUUUGAGAGUUCCUUUAGAGGAGGAGUUGAAAACCAAUAUUCCUAACAAGGGUAAUGGAGCCUGCAUCUACAGGGUCCCUAAAAACAUGAUAGAUGUGGAACCUAAGGCUUACACUCCCAACAUCAUCUCGAUUGGCCCUUACCACCACGGAUCACAAUAUUUGAGAAAAAUGGAGGAGCUCAAGUGGCGAUUCUUUCACCGUCUCUUCGAUCCAAGCAACCUCAAUGGACUCAAAUUAGAGCCCGUCAUUGAUGCCAUGGAGGAAUUGGAAACAGAGACUAGGAGAUGCUAUGCAGAUGCUGCUUCUCAACUCGGCAACCAAAAUUUUGUCUUGAUGAUGCUCAUUGAUGGAUGCUUUGUUGUUGAGCUCUUGAGGGAGUUGAGCAAGCACAACUUCUCACAUGGCUCCCCAUUCGUCAAAAGGUGA